CGGGGCGCCCCGGCCUCGCCCCUGCCCGCCUUCCCUCCUUCCUGCAGCGGCCAAGCGCGCAGAUGCCUGGUAGACACCUUAGGACUUUAAAAACAGAAAAGACCUGCUUCUAGGGGACAAUGCUGAGGGACACUAUGAAAUCUUGGAACGAUAGCCAGUCAGAUCUCUGUAGCAGUGACCAAGAAGAGGAAGAAGAGAUGGUUUUUGGUGAAAAUGAAGAUGAUUUGGAAGAGAUGAUGGAUUUCAGCGAUCUGCCUACCUCACUUUUUGCUUGCAGUGUCCAUGAAGCUGUGUUCGAGGUGCAAGAGCAGAAGGAGAGAUUUGAAGCACUUUUCACUGUCUAUGACGACCAAGCGACAUUUCAGUUGUUUAAAAGCUUUAGAAGAGUCAGAAUAAAUUUCAGCAAACCCGAAGCAGCAGCAAGAGCACGAAUAGAACUCAACGAAACGGACUUCAACGGGAAGAAGCUGAAGCUGUAUUUUGCCCAGGUACAGAUGUCCAGUGAAACCGGGGACAAGUCAUAUUUACUGCCCCCGCAGCCGGUCAAACAGUUCCUCAUCUCCCCUCCCGCCUCGCCGCCUGUGGGGUGGAAGCAGGGGGAAGACGGAAUGCCUGUUAUAAACUAUGACUUACUCUGUGCGGUUUCCAAACUGGGACCAGGAGAGAAAUACGAGCUCCAUGCUGGAACAGAGUCGACGCCGAGCGUGGUGGUUCAUGUCUGCGAAAGUGAAACUGAAGAGGAAGAAGAAACAAAAAACCCCAAACAGAAAAUUACCCAGACGAGGCGCCCCGAGCCUCCAGCCGCAGCACUGAGUGAGCCCCAGACCUUCGAUGGGGCACUGUGAGGCCUCUGGCUGGUGCCAGGCAGCUGCCCCCUGGGGGCUCCGCACUGGAGGUCCCUGCCCUUCUGGCGCACCGCGGCUCGGCGUGUGGGGGUGAGGCUGGGGGCGUGUGUGGAUGAGGCUGUGUGUUGCCACCACACCCGGCUGCGGACAUGGAGAUAGAGAGUAGUAGCUGAUUUUACCUGUUCAAAAUUUUAACAGCUAUUCUGAACAGCACUUUAAACGAAAGGAUCAGCCCCCAACAUAUUGCAACUCUUGACCAUUUUUAAGCAGUAGCAAAUUAGGAGAUUUGUCUGAUUCCUGGCUCCCUCCAGCACUGUUCAUUUCCCUGACUCCAUGUAGCAUGGCCCCCCCAAAACUAAAGCUAUAGUCCCCCGAGUGCAGUACCAUUUCUAUGAACUCAAAAAUAGUCUCACAAUUUUAAUAAUCUAAUGUGGGUAUUUGGUAAUGGUAUAAUAGCUUCCAGCUAAUCUAUUGAUCAAAGGUGGUUAUUCCACAUACGUGAAAUUUUUGGCACGAGAAGAGAUCUGAAAUCUAGAAUAAUUCAUAGAGAAUCACUUUUCUCCAGUCGUUUUUUUCUUUAGCUUUGGGGAGGAAAAGCCAAAUUCACUUUGACCAUUGGACUCAAGUGGCACAAAUCUGUGUGCAUGUUACUCUCUUCCCUGUUACUCUGGCUUGAAAGAGGAAAGUGCCGUUCGGACCACUGUCCCUGAUGCGUCGUCCCUCCCAGAGAACUGGAAGCGGGACAUGCCACCCAAGUUUGACUGAUUAUGACCUCAGGGGGCCAUGGUGGUCUGCCGUCUGUGACCGUGUGCUAAGCCCGUGGCAUCCCCAACUGUCCUCAGCCACCGGUUGAGUUUUUUAAUGUUAUACAUCUGUGUGUCAUUCAGAGACUGCAAAUUAGAAAAGGUAAUGAUAAGAUUUUCAGAAGACCAUUUUUUUAAAUUGUCUCUUUAAACAUUUUCCAGUUUGCUCUGAAAGAAAAGGCACACAUAUUCUUUUUCUAUGAAUCAGGGAAAGAUGGGGGACAUCAAGAUCAUUCCAUUCGUCAGACUUUGUUUUUGGUGCAAUAUUUUACCCUGGCUGACAGUUGGCAUUUUCCCCUAAAACAGAACUGUUUCUUACUGGUGUUUCAGGAGUGGAUAGUUGAAGCUCCUAAAGCAGAAACAAGCAUCUUUUUACCUUUCUGUGGCCUGCUCAGACUUGGCAGUCCCUUUAUAGAAAAGUCUCAUAACGAAGAAAACUUUGCUUUGGUCACCGUCCUGUCUUCUCUGUAUGUCACGUGUUUGGAGCUCCCUGGUAUGUGUGCAAAGGGGCUGCACACAGGAGUUUGGACUGAUAAACCAAUGCGGCUGCCACUACCCAGAAGGAAGAAUACAGAAAUUCAUGCCAUGGUGUCCAUAUAUUUUUGGUAGCAUGUUUCGUGGUUUAGAGGUUCUUAUUAUGGUAGGUUUUAUUUCUGAGGACUUAAACCAUGUUGCCAAGAAAAAGUUUUAUAUUUUUUCUUGCCCUCAAAUACUCUGAGAUGAUAAGCUGUCCUAUUUAUAUAUGUCUACCCGGGCUCAUUCUCAAUAUAAAUUCAGUUGAGAUUUGUGAUUCCAUAAGCAGUUUAUUAAAUUCAGAUCAUCAUUUGGCAGUUUAACUGACAGCCACUUAAUAAAUUUACUUUGCACUCCAAAUUCACCAUUUUGCCAGUGUUUGAUCUUCUCUGGCUGCAGUAACUUAUCAUUUGCAGAAUGGACCUUGUUAAGUCAGGAAAUGUAUGUAUUUUCAACAGUUGAGAAUUUUAAAAUUUCCUUUUAGGUAAUAUUUAUUAACUAAUUUUCUAAGUGAUCCAAAAUCCAUAAUGUUUUGUUAUUUGGCUUGGCUUUCAUGGUCUUCUUUCCAAUUAAAGAAUAGUCUAUUCCUAACUUACAUAACCUGUUUUUAAAGUCAAGCAGUGCAAAUAUUUCUUUUCUCUGUAUUUAUUUUUUUGAGAGUAUUGAAUAAGUUGAAGAAAAACUUAAACCAAAAUAAAUAUAUAUUAAAUACAAAAUAUACAUUAUUUAAUAUGUACACAUAUUAAAGUUUUCUGAAUGGAGAACAUAAAUAUUUUCAUUCUUUCCAUAAGGUGAACUCUAAAAGAAAAAUGUCCAUUAACUUUUAAAUAUGGUGAAAUCAACCAGGAUCUCAACAAGUAUUAGGGUCUCUGUCCUUUCUUGGCUAUUUUAUAUCCAGCUCAUGUAACCAUCUUGUAAGAGAUGAGUCUCGUGUACUUUUUUAAAGUUCCUUUUAAUAAGUUCAGCUACAUUUUCUUUUUGGAAAUUGAGUUAUUACUUAGAUUUAACUCUGAUAGUAUAGUAGCCUUGCUCUCUUUAGAAAUCGUAGCUUCAUCUCAGGAAUCAAAUUCAUUAGAGCAUCGUGAGGAAAGAAGAUGAUGCUUUGUGUUAGGAAAAAAGCAUUUGUGAAGGAUAAGAAAAUCCUAACACUUUAUAAUAAGGAUAGUCAACAGAACCUGCAGUGCAGUGGUGCAUUGGCUCCUAUGUUCUAGGCUCUUUCGACAUACCCGCCUGACGCAACUGGAAAUAAACCCAUUUAAAAAGUGCGCUCGUGUGAGCAUCAACUAGUUGAAGGCGCUAAGAGACAGAAUCAGUAAAAACAGUUCCAUUGCCUUGGGGAGCUGAACAUCAGGAGGAGAGCACACUCAUCUUACAUUUUGCUUCUUCAUACUUCAUACUUUAUACACUAAACCUAGCCACAGAAUUGAGAGCCCAGGAAGUUCUACAUUCACCAUAAAGGCUUAAAUAGAACACGGUGUGUUCGAAUCAGAGCUGCCAGGAGACAGGGCAGGAUCAGCACCGUCCUUCUAGAAUACGGGCCUUUUGUUUCCCACUCACAGCCACUCUAUCUCUUCAGAACGUUGUGACAGAAAGCGAAGACCUUAGAUUUCCUCAGAAUCUCAGUCAUAGUGCCGAAGGCGACUUUGGGAAUGACGUAGUCUACUCCUCGUGUGACACAGAUGAGAAAACAGAGAUGACACGUCUUAUUUCGAAGGCCACGGGGACUAGAUUGGCAUUCCCAACUCCCGCGCCGGGCGUUUUCUCCUUUAUAGACAGACAAAAAAGGGGAAAAGAAUUAGAGACAUCUGGUGAAGGCAGUGACUCAGUCUUGUGAAUGACCUUGUGUUUUUGUUAGCGUUUUACUGUUGGGAUUGGAAUCUACUUAAAUAAUGUUAUUUUGGUAGCCAGCGGUCGUGUUGACAUUUUAUGUGGGCUUUCAUAGGUUUUAGUAGUAAUGAGAUCAAAUUACAAAUAGUCAUACUUGAGAUGUGAUUCUAAUGAAGCAGCAUGAGAUCUCCCUGGAUUUGGAAAUAGCUUGCAGUGGAACGACACCGUCACUCAGUGCUUGUAAAAUGGAGCUCUGGUAAAGACUGAAGACUGACUUAUAUAGGCUCUUUUACAGACCAUAGCUUUAUUCUUAAAGGGGAAGAUCUCAGACAUAAUUAAGCAGUGGAAAAUGUAUGAAAUUCUUUGGUGCAUCAGAGUUCCCGGUCUGUGGGUAGUAGCUCUCUUUGCUCUGGAGUCCUAGACUUUGGUCAGCCUUCCUUUGCCCACUCACUGUGCUCCUUUUCUGCACACGUGCAUUUACAUCCUCCUCUACAAAAGCAAAUUAUUUAUAAAUGUGACAGAAUAAUGGAACAAAAGAUGAGGGAAUUAGUUGCCUCCUAGCUGGGGAGGGAAGUCCAUUGUUAAAGAAGCUCACUUUUUAAAAAGUAAACGUAAAGAAUAAGGUUUAUGAACCCUGUUCAGCAACUUAGUAAAUACUCAUUUAUUUUAUAACCUCCCCUUGGGGAAUGGGUCCGCCAGAUGCCAUUGUUGUCUCUACCCAGGAAUCAGGGGAAAAUGUUAGUAACUUGAAGGGCGUUGUUAUUAAUACCAAAUACACAAGCAACAAAGCAACAGAAGAUUGUAAUAACUGCUAGGUUUUACUGGCCAAAAAGAUUAUAAAAAUGGUCAUUUUCAAAAUAGACGUUUCCAGCCAAGGUUAAGAAGAACUGAUGUGGGGCUGAGUCAAAGUGUCUCCGUCCAUUUAAGUAAAAGCGUAAGGACCUUUUACUAAAUUAGGCAUGCGUGGUCUAUCUUGUGAACUGUGUUUCCUUUUGAAGCAAAACCAUGUCCCGCAGACUCCUGGGAGUUCCUGCAUAGCUUUGACUGAAUGUUCAUUCUCGUCAUGUGGAAAAUCUCUAUCUAUGCAGAGAAUACGUGUUUUUCCGUACUGUUUUCUAUGUAGUCCCCAGUCUUCCUAACCCACACUAGACUGAGGAGAGUCAAGGUGGCUAAUGCUGUUGCUACCAUCCUCUUCCCGCUCCUUCUCCCCUGAGGUGGGGGCCCCAGGGGGGAGCCAUCUACGUUUCUGCUGUAUCGUGCAUGUCCUCCAACUUGAAGAAAAGUUUUUCACUCAUUUCACUUCUCUCUUCAUUGAACUCCAGGAGGUGAAUUUAUAAUUUUAUCUGAACAUGUUUGUGAUCUUGUGUUAUAUUCUGGGGAACAUUACUUUUCUGGUACUAUAAAUUGUAGUGAAUAUUCAUUGUACUUUGAAAACCUGGUCAGUAAUUUAUAUGUAUAUGUAUUCUGUAUUUUAGUGUGCCUGAUGUGACAAUCCAUAGUUUGUAGUAGUUUGUUAUUUGUCAGCUUUGGCUCUCCUGUAUUUUUAGGACAUUUAAAUGCUCCUUGUCCUCUCAAAGUGACAAAAGCAGAAUAUAAUGUUUUUUGGAAUCCUUGUGAUUACUUGUAACAAGUUUUGUUUUUAAAGCUAAUAAAAAUAAAAUUAAGGGUUUUU